AUGCGGCACUCAAUUCUGACUGGCAAGAAAGCAUCAGCCUUAAAUGUGGAAGCGGAAGUCAGACGGCGCCUUCUCGAGAUCGAGAAUAGCUCGGGAAUGCGGCUGCCUCCAGAUCAGCGCACCAAGUUAGUAAUUAUUAGUUUGCUGCUGCAGGAAAUUGAGUUUAAGGACAAGCAUGAGUUGGAACUGUGCCUGGACAUUCUGACUACUGACUCACACCUUCUGGCCGCUGUGAGAUCAAUUCUCCUGUCCCCUGUAUUCAUUGGAACAAUUGGAGGUCACGUGACGGAGCCGCUUUCCUUCAAAAUUCUCAAAUCUUCAAGAUGCGUAGAUCUGCUCUCACAGAUGGGCGUCCCAGAGGUUGAAUUCAAGGGUGUGCACGUUGUUACUUUCCUUGACAUUGCCAGUCAACGGAAAAGCAUGACAGUGGACCUCUACAUGCGAAGAUUUUUACCCAAGUUUAUCAUCAAUCUCACAAACACUUCCGAAGAAUGCAUGCUCUAUGCCCUGCUGUGUCCGAUUGCGCUGAUGCUCUUUCGCAGACGGAAACAACCUCAGUGCGGUUCAAAGGAGAGAUUGGUUGCUGGGGCAGGCGUGCAACCACCACUGAACAACGCCCACCGCAACCCAUCGUCGGCUGGUCGUGCACGCACAAGUCAGCCUGAGCACUGUGCAAUUUCCCUCUGCUACCAAACACCACGUGACACGCUCAACCGGCUGCUGUGGUCGCUGCAUUCACUCACUCAUUUGCUCGCGGGCGCUUGUCUGGUCGCUCUGUCACCUCCAGUGCACGCGAGGUGCGUCAGAUGGUGUCAUUGGUGCCGCCGCCGAUCGUCGAGUCGAGCCGAGUUAAUUGGACGCGUCACCGGCUUCGACAUUGCGUGUCAUAUGACGCAGACUGAACGCGCCAAUUAUUGUCGGCGUGGACGUUGUGAUGCUUCCAAUGUGGCCGUGGACACCACAACGCAGCCGGCGAGUCGUGUGGGUGUCGCUAAACCACACCGAUCCCCACGAGGCGAGUAUGAACAUCGCAUUCGGACACAGACUCAUUCGUUAAAUAGGGCCCUUGUCUCGUUUGGUGAGUGUUCCCACGAAGCUAGUCCGUCGCGAUGUAAGCUGCCUCGCAGCAGCGACCUCCUGCUGCCGAGUCGAAGAAGUCAGCAUUCGCAGCGGGAAGAGGCCUCCACUUCGACCAGUGGCGAGGGCUCCUGUGGUGACAGCAGAGACGAGGAAGUGGGGAAGCCGUCGGCAGCGUCGCCGUGUGUGGUAACGAAAACCCCUCCACUUGCCGUAACACCAGCCUCACCUCGCGAGGCACUGGGCCGGCCAGUGUCGAUGUUUGCAGACUUCUCAGCAUCGCCUCCCACCGCGGCCUCCACUCGCGUUCGUGUCCUCUCCGUCGGCAGUGAUGGUUCGAAGGUCGUCGCCGCCACAACGGAGGCGGUCUCAUUGCGUCCGAAGACGAAGCCCGCGGAAGCGGCGUGUCGUCCCUCAGUGCGACAACCGCCUCCAACAGCUCCGAAAUCAGAACUCGCGCCUCUGAUCAAACCGGAAGGCGUCUAUCCUGCGAUUCGUUUGCGUCCGACACCCAGCCAAACCACUCGGGAGCCGGCGAAGAUUUUAGACCCCUCCGCCGAGGGCGAUUCGAGUCGUCACUCACGCGUGUGUGACCUGAUCAAGGUCUUCCAGCAGAGCAACGUCUCCUAG